AUGAAUUUGGAAGAUGAAUACGUUGAUGAUAAACAUGCUGACUAUAUAUCAUGGAUAUGUCCAAAAGAAUACAGACCAUUUAAAAGUAAUAGUAGUUCCAAUUGGUCAUUACAGAAGGCGCUUAAAUCCACCUUCAAUUGUGCAUUAGAUAAAGAAUUAACACAAAAUGCGUGGACGUAUGGAUUAAAUAAAGCCUUACAUCAUCAUUUAACAACUGAAAAACAAGUUAUUAUAGAAAAUAUAAUUAAGUAUGCCAUUAAUGACGUGCUGGCAGCAAGGAAGCUCUACUUUUAUAUCUUGUGUAAGUCAGCUGAAGCUAUACUAACCGUUCAAUCUGUCUUAGGUACAACACAAGCAUUACCAUCACCGUCUUCGUCAUCACCAAUAGGUAAUGGCAACAAUACUAUCAAAGAAUUACCACUCGUUAUCAAUGAUUCAUCACAACACCAAGUGCCAACCUUUUUCGUUCUAUCCGACAGCCAUGGCAAAUGUCUUAAUAAACAGUUACUAUCACAAACGACCACUGAAAUGACGACUACGAACCAUCAUGUUACCAUUACAGCCGUUUCUGGAUUAAAGUGGAUCGAUAUCUAUGAGCCUCAUCUUUCACUUGCUCACCUAAUUCAUACGCCAACCAUUUUAUCUUUCCUGUCCAGAGCAGCAGCAUUAAUCUUAUUGAUCGGUACAAAUUCAAUAAGAUUAACCAAAUCAACAGAUGUUAUCCAACAAGUUGAACAAGUCAUAACUCAUAUUCGUAACAAUCAUCAACAACUUGAAGACGAACAAAAUAUUGCCAUCAUACCAUCCUUCUCCUGUGCAAAAACUACACAAAAGUUUCCCACUACUACAUCAUUAGAGCAGAAUAUUGAAUCGUAUAAUAAUUUACUUAUUUCAUUAGCGCAGACAAUGAAAUUUUCUAUAUGA